UGUAUAUACAUUCACUGAGGGCUGUCAAACUCAUGGAAAGGAUAACAUUGAAAAGUUUAAUUUAAUUCUUGAUAUCGUGAUUGAUGUUUAGAUUUUUAUUGUGUUAAAGACUAAAAUAUGUCCAAAGUAAAACCGAAAAAGUCCAGAUCUGAGUCUGGAUCAGAGACAAGCGAGGAAAGUAGCGAUAGCAGUUCCGAGCCAAGGUCUAAGGAGCACUUACGGCGGAGCAACCAUAAGAAACACAAAAAGGAUAAAAAGCAACGCAAGCAUAAAUCUGAAUCUGAAAAGGACAGCGAUAACAAUAGCUCUGGUGAAUCUUACACGUCCGAAAAAGAUAGGCAAGCCAAAGUUCGACAUAAAAGACACAAAUCAAGAAGUCGGGAACGAGAACGGCAAUAUCAAUCGUCUAAGUGGGAAAGCCAUAGCAGUGGCCGGAAUCGAAGUCGGGAAAGAAGUCGAAGUCACCAAAGAGACAGAUCCCAUGAACGAAAUAGAGAAAGGGAGCGGCGCACAAGUAGGGACAGAGACCAAAAGGACCGUGGUAAUACCAGUAGAGAAGACAGUCGUCGAAAACAUGCUAAUUUCGACCGGAAUCAACAGCAAAGAGGGGGACGAAGCCCCCGAAGGGAACGUGCUAAAUCUUCAGAUCGAAAUUAUAUAAAACGUGAACAGCGCUCUCCUCCCCGAAGGGAUAGAGGUGAAGAUAAUCGCUUCAAGAACAAUAAAAGGGAUCAGAAUGGCGACAACAAACACUUUGACUGGGGUAAAAAAGCAGAAGAUACGAAAUCCAUUGUGAAGAGCGAAGAGCCCAAAGAAAAAGAAAAGCCUAAUUUUGCUUUAAGUGGAGCCCUAGCCGAGGAUACAAAUAAAGUUAACGGCGUUGUUAUAAAGUACUCUGAACCCCUUGAGGCCCGGAAACCCAAAAGGAGAUGGCGAUUGUAUCCCUUUAAAGGAGAGACGGCCUUGCCUGUGCUGCAUAUUCAUCGGCAAUCUUGUUUUUUAGUAGGCCGUGAUCGCAAAGUCGUUGACUUGGCCGUUGACCACCCUAGCUGCUCUAAACAACAUGCAGCGCUACAAUAUCGAUUAGUACCCUUUGAGCGUGAAGAUGGUACAACGGGCAAACGUGUCCGGUUGUAUUUAAUAGAUCUGGAUUCAGCCAAUGGUACUUUUUUGAAUAACAAACGCAUAGAGCCCCGUAAAUAUUACGAGUUGAUGGAAAAGGAUGUCAUUAAAUUUGGAUUUAGCACUCGUGAAUAUGUAUUGCUACAUGAAAAUAGCAAGGAAGAUCAAGAAGAUGACGACAUUGAUAUUAAAGAAGAGCCUGUACAGAAUUGAAAAACAAAUAUUAUUCUCUAAAUAUUUAAUAAUUUUUAAUGCUCUCAUAACCCAAUCAAUAAUAAGGUCGAAAUUGCAUAGCGUGAGACAUGCUAAAUCGAUCUCUUAUUUACAAGCGCCAUCUAUAACGAGCCAUUAGUUAUACUUUCUGACUUGAAUACAUGCAGUAAAUCAGUUUGGCUUACCAAAUAAAGUAAAAAGAAAAUUUU